UUUCAUUCAAGAAAAAGUCACGUACGGUUGUCGUCGUUUCCUGCAGCCAGCGGAUUAGCCACCGUGUGCAUAUGGCGUAAAGGAAAAUAAGAAGUUAUACUGGUCCUAGCUGUUGCAUAUUUGAAUCUUCCAGAUUUUCCGUCUAGGGUGCGAACUUUCAAAAACAAAAUCUUCACAAGUUUCGUGGAAAUAGGCAAAAGCGGUUUCCGUGCCCGUAUGGGAAAAAGAGUGAUGUGCUGUAAUCUCAGUUGAAGAAAAUAUUUUUGUCUGUAAUCGCUCGUCAUCCGUCACGACGUCCCGAGUGGAUACGGAAUGUUGGUUCUCGGGUGAAAAAAAAAAUUCAACAAACUGUCGGUCGUAGUUGCAGUCGUUUAUGUUGACGUUGUUUCGCUGCUGAUGCUGAUGACGAUAGUACCUAAUUGCAAAUAUAUUCGAUUGAAGGAAUUCGAUAAUCGGCACUCCCGUCCCGUCGUCUUCGCUGGCUGGUAUCGUAAAUCUGUCUGCGCUGCUAGUUCAUCUUUUGACGUGUGAGUGUGUUUAUUUUAGUGGCGAACAUGUUUUGUAAUGUGAGCUAAAGAAUCUUUUCUUGAAAAGAGCGUCUCUUCCUGUGAAGAAAACCAGAAACUGCAGAGAUUCCAGAGUGACACCAGGAAGGUACACGCAGCACAACAAAGGGCAAACGAAAACAGUGCUCUUAUCACUAGCAGUAUUUAGAAAAUAGUUUGUUGUUUGGCUGAUAAGGAUUGAAGGAGUCACAUAACAUCGCGAGGUGAAAAAUUAAGCACAAGAAGACAGUGAAUCGUCGAGUGGCCGCCAGAGAAAGGCGAAGAAAGUGGCACAAAAUUGUCGAGAAAAAAAAGCUAACAACGAACAGAAGUGAAAUCGUGAUGGUCGAUCGAAUGGAAGAAGUGAAUUUCUAGCAUUCGGUUACGUUUGUUUGUUUGUUUGUUUGGAGGUUGGUCGGUGAUAGAAUUCAGUUUGCGGCGGAAUCAAAGCAGGAAGUACAAAGGAGCUUAUAAACAACCAGCAUGGGGGUCUGUCUGUGCAAGGAUAAGGUGGAGGAAGGCUAUCUGAAUGAGAAUAGUCGCGAUUCCUACACCGCUAGUGGGAACGAAGUUGGCGACGGAAGUCGGACCGUUGGGUCUCACGGGGGGAGAUGCCUGCGGACUGACCGGAAGGCGUCACUGUCGGACACCGUGGACGAUUUGGUUAAGGAGACACUGGAGAUUAUCGGAUCCAUUGUGGACAAUGAACCAGAACCGCCCAACUCGAUGGUCAUGCUGCAUGACAUAACCGACAAACCGACCGGUUGGAUACAGCUCGUUAAAUCAUUGAUCCGAGUUGUCCCCCUGGAACAUCCGAUGGGUCCCAGCGUAAUCACACUGCUGCUGGAUGACAGUCCACUGCCAACGAAAGAUUCGGUGCUAGAGGUGGCCGACAUGAUAACACACUCAAUCAGACGUACGCCCAAGCGGGAGCGAAAUCUUUGCGUGAUUCUCGGUUGCCUGGCAGAGAAACUGGCCGGCCCAAGCAGCAUAGCGGUACUAUCCGACGUCACACUCGGUUAUCUGUUGGGAAAUCUGGACGAAGGAAUCAAUCCGGACGUGAUGUUGUUCUCACUGAUUGCACUGGAAAAGUUUGCCCAAACAAGCGAAAACAAAGCUACGAUCAAGCGAAAACUAGCACUUUACCCGGAGAAUCCACUGACGCGGCUCGAACGACACAUGGACAGUAAGGAAUUCAUUCUCAGGCAGGUUGGCUUCUGUGCUCGAUGGUGCCUAGAUAACUAUUUCCUCAUCGAAGGCCGCAAGUACUCGUACGAAGUGACGGACGUAAGCAACGUGGACGUCAUGCUCAACACCCGGGACGUUAGCGAAUAUCUCAAAAUAUCGCCGGACGGUCUGGAAGCUCGCUGCGACGCGUAUUCGUUCGAAAGUGUUCGAUGUACCUUCCAGGUCAAUACCGGCUGCUGGUACUACGAAGUGCUAAUCAUCACCCCCGGGGUGAUGCAAAUCGGGUGGGCCACCAAGGACUCCAACUUCCUGAGCCACGAGGGCUACGGCAUUGGUGACGAUGCCUACUCGAUAGCAUUCGACGGCUGCCGGAAGCUGAUUUGGCACAAUGCUCGCUCGAUGUCACACGAUCUGCACAUCUGGAAGGGUGGGUCCGUACUGGGUUGCUUACUGGAUCUGGACGCCCGUGAGGUCAUAUUCAGCCUGGACGGAAUGGAGGGCGGAGUGCUGAAGCAGGUGUUUGGCAGUGCGAAGGACGGUUUCUUUGCGGCGGCAUCGUUCAUGUCGUUCCAGCAGUGUAGGUUUAACUUUGGCUCGACACCGUUUGUGCAUCCGCCGCAGAAUAGGCAGUUUAUGAGUUUCAAUGAUUUUGCUCAAAUGAAUGAGCAAGAUAAGGUCGUGCUUCCGCGGCACCUCUUCCUAGAGCAGCUACGAAAGCUAAGCGUCCGGGAAGAUUCCUGUACGCUUUGUUUCGACAUGAGCGCAUCAAUCCGAAUAGAACCGUGUAAGCAUCGCGGUUUCUGUACCAACUGUGCCGCUCAGUUGCAGUUCUGUCCAAUGUGUCGGGCCGAAAUCAUCAGCACCGUACAGGAAGUGUCCCUAGAUAGUACCCUAGAUAGUAGUCCUCUAUCAGAUGAGGUAAUUGCGACGACAUGAUAGUGAUACAACCGUUGCCUAGCAUAGGAUAAAUAAAGUGGCGUUAGCAGUUGCACAGUAGCAUCGGAAUUCCGAGAUGUUCAGGAAGGAAUAAGAAAAACAAAUUUUGUGAUAAUACGAAUAUUUAAAAAUAGCUAUCGAUAAUUUUAAUCGUACGGACACAGUAGAGCGAAAUUAAUGUCUUUUGUAUUGCCAUUUGAAAAAAAAACGACACUUCUCAAUUUUUCAACCGCCUUGCCAUUCUUACCGGCCAGGUGUUCGUGUCAAAAUAGUUGAAAUGAAAUUAAAUUCUACGAAUUAUCGAAAACUUACUCUAGCAAACAAGCAGAAACUGUUUGAUUAUGGCAAAAGGCCAGUCUGAUGAAACUUUAUUCUGUCAAUAUAGCCUAGGAUCGUUUUAAGGAGAUCCCUUCUACGAUUUCUAAGUAAUUAUGGGAUGAUUUUGACACAUCCAGAGACCUUCAAGUGGAAAAGUUUCUAAUCAAUAAGUAUUGUCUGGCUUAGAUACAUUCUGCUGUCGCUGAGUUCCGUUUAUGUCUUCCGUACAAGAUGAGAGGAAACCAAUUGCUAUGAAAUCAUCGUGGGCAAAGCAGAAAACUGAUGAGACCUGAGCACAAAGUGAUCGAUGGCUAACCCCGCAAAAAUCAGUUACACCCCACUCGUCGUUUGAAUCUUUUUUUUUUGCAGCCUCGAGUCGUGCAAAGGGAAGCUUUCGUUUGUGCUGAUCAAUAAUUUAAUUGUUGCUCAUGUUAUGCUUCGAGUCACACACAAAAGAGAUCAUAAAUUAGAGCUAAGUUCAAGGGAAUCGAUUCUUCAUGAUAUGAAAUAAGCCAUCUGUUUUUAAAUUAGGGUUAAUAGUAGUGCAGACAUACCUCAUGUAUAUGUUCUCUUCUAUAUUUACUUAUACCUAAAACAGAAUAACUUGGAUGACUUUACAUCCGGCGAUGUGUAGCAUAUAGUUUGUCAUAUUUUAUUAUCCCGUUCGUGUCGCGUUCGUCAUUACCUUUACUUUGCAUCUGUUGAAUGAUAUUACACACCACACAAGCAUCCUUCGUAUAGAUUGUAUAUGUAUAUAAACAGGAUACGAAGUGAGGAAGUCCGAAGUUGAUAGAAGAAAACAAAAUGGAACAACCGUAUGAAAUCGAUAUGACUGAUGAUAUAUUUUUGUAUGAACUGUGUGAGUAAAUACCCAGCGCAAUGCGAAUUGGACAUAUUGGAUCUAUGGAUUUGAAUCAUUGUAUGAGAGAUAAUCGGAGAGUCGAGUAAAAUUAGUAGUGAAUCACUGUACUUGAAAUCACUGGAAUUAUAAUAUCAAAUCGUAAA